AUGAGCACAGUCUCCUCUUCUUUCCUCUUCUCUCCUUUUCUCUCCUCUUCUCUCCUCCAGUCUCCUCUUCCCCCCCUCUGCUCUCCUCUUCGCUCCUCUUUCCUCCUCUCCCCUCUUCAGUCUUCUCUCCUCUUCAGUCUCCUACUCUAUCCUCUUCAGUCUCCUCUGCUCUCCUCUUCAGUUUCCUACUCUAUCCUCUUCAGUCUCUUCAGUCUCCUCUUCUCUACUCCUCUCUCCUCUUCUCUCCUCUUCAGUCUCCUCUCUCCUCUUCAGUAUCCUCUUCUCCCUCCUCUCUCCUCAGUCUCCUCUGCUCCUCUUCAGUCUCCUCUUCUCUCCUCUUCAGUCUCCUCUCUCCUCUUCAGUAUCCUCUUCUCCCUCCUCUCUCCUCUGUCUCUUCUCUUCAGUCUCCUCCUCUCUCCUCUUCAGUCUCCUCUUCUCUCCUCUUCAGUCUCCUCUUCUCUCCUCUUCCCUCUCUCCUCUUCAGUAUCCUCUUCUCUCCUCCUCUGUCCUCCUCUCUCCUCUCUGUGCGCACACAUGGACACGCAUUUGCCUUGUGAGCUACCCCCCCCUAGUGCCGAGCGCGUCUCCUCCGCGGUCCAGACGCACGCUGUUUCACUCCGCGCACAGCAGCGGCAGCAGCAUCCGUGUGCGCUCCCCAAGUCCUGCCUUACUUCACCGGAGACGUCGCAGCCUUCCUGA